AUGGCCACUCCAAACACCAGCACUGGCAAAACCAUCCAAACACCCGCUACCUCCGACUCUCUUCCCACUCGAGUCCAAGCUCUACCACAAGAACUCUUCGACAUCAUCUACGACUACACCUUCACCGCCAGCCCCACAACUCUCAACGUCUCCGACACCACCACUAGUGCUCAAGUCUUCCCUCGCCUUCUGCACGUCUCUCGUGCAUCACGUAAACAGUUUGCUGAGUCACUAUACACCACCAGAAUCAUCGACUUUGGCACUUCGAGGAUCUACAAGCCUUGGUACUAUAUCAUGGACGCGCCAGAGCGUGUUGUCUCCAUGGCGAAGCUCGGGACUCUUCGCAUCGGCGGCGAGCGUCUAAAAUGA